AUGAGCUCUUAUUUUGUAAACUCAUUUUGCGGUCGCUAUCCAAAUGGCCCGGACUACCCGUUACAUAAUUAUGGAGAUCCCAGUGCCGUGAGCGAGCAAUUCAGGGACUCCGCCAGCAUGCAUUCCGGCAGGUACGGCGGCGGCGGCGGCGGAGGCUACGGCUACAAUGGCAUGGACCUCAGCGUCGGCCGCUCGGCUUCCAGCCACUUUGGGGCAGGGGGCCCCUCGGAGAGGGCUCGCAGCAGCUACCCCGCCAACGCUGCCCCCGAGGCCAGGUACGCCAGCCGGGCGGCGGCGGGGGCCACGGGGGCCACUCACUCGCCUCCGCCUGACCCUCUGCCCUGCGCCGCCGCCGCUGCCGUGGCGGCCACCUCGCCUGUCAGCGGCGACGCUCAUCACGGCGGCAGCGUGAAAAACUCCACGGCCAACUCGAGCAGCACUUCGUCCACUUCCAGCAGCGGCGCCAGCAGCAGCAGCAGCAGCAGCACCAGCGCCAGCAGCACGGGCAACAACCCCCACCACCUAGGCAGAGAAGGGCUCAGCACGUCGCCAGACACCGAGGAGGACGCCCCGGCCAGCAGCGAGCAGGCGAAUCCCCAGCAGAACGACCAAAGCACAGCUCCACAGCCGCCACAGCCCCAGAUCUACCCCUGGAUGAGAAAACUGCACAUAAGCCAUGGUAAAAAGCAUGCCCGGAUUACAAUAUCUAUGUAUGAGAGAGGGGUGGGGAGGGGGGAGUGUGUGUCGAGGGAGAGAGAAGGUAGAUUGUUUGCAAAAGAGGAAACGUGGUGGGCAAGAAAUGUGCUUUCUCUUGCUCUCUGUGUUCCUCUGCCUGCUUGUCUGAUCGUCUGGUCUAUGCGGAGGAAAUCCGCCCCCCAAACCCGGUCCCUCCUGGAAAAGGCAAGUGGGACUUUGGAAAUCGGGGUAGGGUGAGCCAAGCUCUCUUUAAUAACUCUUCUAAGUCUCCCGGACUGUGAGGUGUAAUUGAAAUUUUGGGGGAGGGGAGAGAGAGGGAAAGCGUGUGUGUGUGAGAGAGAGAGGGAUCUUGAAUAGUGCGUGUCAGUCCUUGUAAUUUAUGACGAGGACCGUCCAGUGAAAAACACCGUUACUAAUUAUAUCAAAAAAGAAGUUGAGUAAAUAAUGUGUGUGUGGGUGUGUGUGUGUGUGUGUGAGAGAGAGAGAGAGAGAGAGAGAGAGAGAGAAAGGGGGUGUGGGGGGAAAAUAUUUUUUCUGGGAGGGAAGUAAUUCGAGGGAAAACUUAAGAGAGGAGAUUGGAGGGGGGCAAUUGGGGGGGGGCUUAGUCCUGCAGUCCAUAGGGCACUUGGAAAUUCUUCCCAGUGACUCCCAGAUACAGUGUGUUCAGAUCAGGAGUGGGACCAGAACUUCAGAGGGUGCUUGGUUUGGGUGUUUAUGUUUGUGUAAAACUCACUCUAGUAACAACUUGCCCAGGACCCUAAGCAUACUGUCAGGAGGAAGUAAGUUCUCAUGAAGCCAAAUGGUUUUGUUUUCUUUUACUUGCGAGUAGUAAUAUGUUAAGGAUCGGGGUGCAGAAGGGAGCUGCCACCCUGUCUUCCCCAGAUUAAAUAAAAUUCCUCAGAAGAGGCAAAGGGGAGGCUGCUCAAAUUCAGAACCCGGGAUAUUAUUUGAGGGAAGGGGAGAAGAGAUAGAUGCGGGUGGAGAGAGAGAGAGAGAGAGAGAGGAGAAGGAGCUACUUGUUGAUCAUUUUCUCCCAACUUAAUGCCCAUACCAAACAGAGAAGGAAAUCAGGGAGAGGAAGAUUGGAGAGGAAGGAUCCGGGGUGGCGGCGGUGGGACGUCUCCUCUUGCCAAAGGUCUAAACCGUGUCCUCCCCUUUCUAUUUUUUGUUGCAGACAACAUAGGGGGUCCCGAAGGGAAAAGGGCUCGGACUGCUUACACCCGCUACCAGACCCUGGAGCUGGAGAAAGAGUUUCACUUCAAUAGAUACCUGACCCGCAGGCGGAGGAUUGAAAUAGCGCACGCUCUUUGCCUCUCAGAGAGACAGAUCAAGAUCUGGUUCCAAAACAGGCGGAUGAAAUGGAAAAAGGAUAACAAGCUGAAGAGUAUGAGCAUGGCAGCGGCGGGAGGAGCCUUCCGCCCUUAAGAGGAAAACCCCCCGGCCCUGAAGCUGCUGCUGCUGCUGCUCCUUCUCCUUCUUCCUUCCCCGGAAGAAAACAAAACAAAAAAAACCCGAGUAACUGAGCAGUAUUAUAAUUGAGCUGACCCUGCGUGGAAUGUCAGUAGCCUCUUCCCGCUCUCGCUCUCCUUCUGCCCCUCGUUCUGUAGACCACAUUGACUUGCUCCAACUUCUCUGGGAGGCUGAAGAUUCCCUCGCCCAUCGUUUCAUCCUGAGCCUGUUUUAAUUGAGCCCCCCACCCCGCCCCCGCCCGCGUCUCUCUCUUCCUCUCUCUCUCUCUAGCGCGUGUUACGAGUAGAUCUGCUUCCCGUGCAUUUUAUGUCUUGAAUGGCUUUUGUCUUGAAGGGGGGGGGGGACGACAAUGUAGAUGUUUUAACUUAUUUAUAUGAAGCGAGUGGUGUUACUUGAAGUAACUGUAAAGUGGGAGGGGGGAACCGAGGGGGGGGGAAGACACCCUAGACAAACACAAAAGUAAAGGAGGACGAUUUGGUCCCUCGUUCGCUUCCCCUUCCCUUCUGGCUCCCCUACAAGUCCUGUUUGACUCCCAAUGUUCUCUCUCUCUGUGUGUUGCACUCGUUGUGCUUUGCUGUGCAUGUGUGUUCAAAACGUGUCAGUGUCUGUAUAGCUCCAAGCUGUGGCCGAGAUUUCCGAUCAGAAACGACCUAUCUUAUUUCCCUGUGUCCGUUAAUGGCUGUUGUAGAGGUGAAUAUGACGAAAUACAAAAACGGAACGUGUCCUAACGUGUAGUGAAUAGUGAAUCUGUGACGAAAACUGUAAUUCCAGACAGUAUGUCCUUUGCUUGUGCCUUUGUAUAUGACUCUCUUUGCACGAAGUCUUAGAAGUGGCUUUUUUAUUAAGCGCAGCUUCAGUAACGUAUUUCCCACCCCCUCUUCUCUCUUAUAGCUUCCUUCCUUUCUUUUGGUGAACAAAGUUACACAUAGAGUCAAAGUCUGGCUGUUUGAGCAAACAAUAAUAAUAAUAAUAGCAGCAACAACAACAAUAAUGUGAUCGGCUUUUGAAAAGAAACUGUUUUUUUUUUUAAUAACUGACUGGAAAAAAAAUAAACUUUCUAUUGUAAGGGUUUUCCCCUUUUCUUUCUUCCCCAUCGAACCCCCGGUUUUUGUUUUUGUUUUUACUUCUGCGGGUAGUUUGGUUUCUACCCUAACGGAGAUGUCCUUAGCUUCUUCACUCUAACUGGAGCAAAGUUGGAGAAGGACCUAACCCAAAUUCAAAGUAGAUGCAGACACGAUUGCCCCAGAUCCCUUGGAAUUGUAAAGUUAUUCUUUGGAUGGAGGGCUCACAAUAACAGACCCUCAGCCAACUCCUUGUCUUGGAAAGUGGGGUGGGAGGGAGAAGGAAUGCCCCAAACUUCUGCUCUUUCUUGGCUGGGGAGGAAAAGAAGAAGAAGAAGAAGACUGUCCUUUCUUCAACAACAUUAUCAUCUCCAGAACCUGCUUUAUACUAUCUCCAUCGGUUCAUCCUCAUAAGUUAAAGAAAGCUAGACCUGCCAGAAAGGUCUUGCAUCUGUGAGCACCAGUCCAACAUGGGGGAAAAAGUAUUUAAAUAAACCAGAUACACCCACCUUCUUAUUCUGCACUCUUAAAAAAAGGUAUUGGGGAAGGGUUUUGUGGCUGUUGUUGCGCGGGUGGGGAUAAAUUCCACCCUUCGACAUAACAGUUAUUUAUUUAUUUAUUUUCGCUACAGCUACUCUUUCUUUGCUAGGAAAUGUAACGUUACUUACCCUCACCAGAGCUUGAAUGGUUAACUCUCCCGAGCUUCUAAGCGCAACUAAAGCUUUGCACAUUUACAGACGGCUUUACAUUGAUGCCUUCCCUUAAAAGUUAUAAAACAGUAAACUUUAUAAGCCCCAGUUCCGGCUAUAUGACAUUUGGGUGCCAAAUGAAUAGGGUUUUGUCUAUGAAUUAGAUCGUAAAAUCAUCCAUAGUACAGACAGAUAGGCUCACUGGCUAUAAAAAGUCACGUGGUGCCAUUAAAGUAAGUUUUAUGGUUUUGGGGAGUUGUCAUCCAACAUUAUAUACCACAUAACAUAUAAUCACACUGACGAUGGACUUCAUUUGACUCUUUUGCAGGCUACGUGCGCCUCCUGGCCAUUCAAAUUGUCAGGUUUAGGUACAGAAGUAUCCAUUCCCCCAAGUUCUCAAAUACUCUCUGAAAAAAUGGCUCAUUGCAAGUUAAGGUAAGUUUCGUGCACAAGUUGCUUAAGUUUAUUUGUACAGUGAAGAGCUCGCCUGUCGUUGCCUGGCUCCUUCUUAACGCUGCCCCGUUGAUUCGGACGGGAAGAAAUAAUAUUUGAAAGGUGCAGGUUACAGUGGGUGGGGGGCCGUUGUCCCUCCUCCCCAUUUUUAUCUAACCUCUCCUUUUUAAAAUUUUAUCCUUCAAAUCCAGGCAAACCACAAUAAGCGACUUUGGCAGAGAUGGAUUUUGAGGCCUAACUUUAAUUACUUUGACUACGGCAAAUGAUAAUGACUUCCUUUGCUUCAGGAACUUUUCCGUGCCCAGUGAUUUUGUUUAUUGAGGGAGCAGAGAGUCCGCAGGCGAUUUUUUUCAAAAAAAUAUAUUUUAAUGAAAGGAACAUAGAUCUGGCUAUAUCUGUAGACUGGGCAUCCCUGUCUUUGCGGGGCGGGAUGUGUGUGGAAUUGACGCAGUCGUAGGUUUUCCAAGAUAAGUUUUCCAACUUAUCGUCUCUAAAAGACAAGGAAGGUGCGCUCCAAGUCUGACUUUUUACGUGGUUAAGGUUCUUUGAGACUUAUCUCUCCUUCAUAAGUACCCUCGCCUACCUACAUCUCUCUCGGUGUCCCUCUCUGUGUGUACAUAGAGUGUAUAUAUACGCAAUUUACACCCUUCCCGUAGAUUCCCCACAACCCCAGUGUCUUCAUUUCCCACUGGUUCCUUUAUCCCUUCCCAUGAAGGAACAAAUUGACUGUAACUUUUACAGGAGGUUCUACGUGCCAUUGGAGUGCUUGGAAUAAUGAAGGACAAUACGCAUAGGUUUAUAGGCGAUAGUAAAUAACCCCAUUUAUAUAGAUAUCCGUGUAUAUAUCUACAUGCACACAUUACUGGCUGGGAAUUGCAGGGUAGGCCCCAGCUGCCUGUUUAUUUCAACAUUCCUUUUUUCUAUUUAAGUAGACUCUUCUCACUAGAGUGUGAUUACUCAGCAAUAAACUUUAUGACCGGAUUCAACUUUAAGUCUUUGAAUUUCCAGGGUUGAAAGAGAGCGUGAAAGAGCAUCCCUUUUUCCACUGCCCUUCUUCUUUUUGUUUUGUUUUGUUAUUUCCUUUUCUUUCUUCUCAGCUUCUUUGUACUGCCAGAGCCAAAUCCUGGAAAUCUUUGCUCACACGAGCAGCUUUUAAGUCUUAUCAGUUGUAUCUUUGGAGCGCCUUGUAGCUAAAAGCCAUGCAGGUGACUAAGAAUUGGCAAGAUAGGACCCUACUCUUUUUGAAAAAGAAAGUAAGAGGGGCCCGUACAAAUGGGCUCAUACGUUGAGGUGACCCCACGUGAGGUUUGAAACGAUCUCACCCCAAUUCCUGCCUUUUAAAAAACAACAACAGAUUGUUAUCAGCGUGUGGGGUUCUAGAAUAUGCUUUUCCACUCUUAUAUCGCUUUGGACAUCAGAGGAAAAGACAGUGUUGUCAGAAGAUAUAAUAGCGUAAUAUAACAUAAGCGUGCCCUGUCCUAGUGGCUUUUUGGAAAGAGAUAUUCUGAUGAAGGAUAUUUUUUCUUGUGUAUAGGUGGGUAAUAUUAGAAGGUUGAGAAACUUGCAGCAAUAAGUGAAUAUAUAUCUUAACACUUCAAAUAUUUUUUAUACAUUUCCCUGAAUACAUAUGGAUACGCUAGCAAUACUGGGUGGAGAGGAGCAGUUUUUAAUUUUACAUUUAGUUUUUACAUUUAGUCCAAGCCUAUGUGGCAGAAUUAAUCACACAGAACCGAAUGCUAAUACUAGCUGGCAUUUUUCAUGGUAUUUACUUUCCUACACCUUAAAUAGUUAGCAAUGCGUAUACACGUGUCUGAAAACAUGACUAGCCUUUUUUCAGUAGAAAAAAUAAGGAUUUAAAUAUAAUGCAUAUCUGCUAAAGAGAAACAGAUGGCUGAAUUACAAAUCCAUAAUCUAGUUAAGGGAAGGACCUGAUUUUACACUUAAAAAAAAAAAUCCAGCGGGACUAUUGUUGGACUCCUAAAGUAUUUACUGGGAAAUUCGAGUCCAUACUUUCAAGGGGAUAUUUCCCCAAGUAAAAUAUCACUGAAAUCCAGGUGCUAAUCUACUUCAGUUUACAUGAACUGAAAUUUAGCUUCUGUUUCCUAGUGAAAAACAAGGUCCAGUUUAAGCUCAUUCGGGGCUGGAUGUGAUCUCAUCGUCUUGGAUGAGACUAUCUGAAGGUUGUGGUCAAUCUGCUCCAUACCUAGGCAGAAGAAAAUCGUGCUGAAGUAUGUUGGAUUUAAUUCAAAAGAAUUCAGGAAUGGAAUAGGGAAAUCCUGAUGCCGUCUGAUUUUAUAACUGGGGGAAAACAAUUCAUUGAGCUGAAUGCUUAGUUAACUUUUACCGUGGCUACCUAGCAAUCCAGCCUUCUGAUUGCUAGUUGACUGAAUGGAUACUAGCCAGUGAAACACAUACAGCUUUGUGAACAAUGUCAUUUAGGCUGCAAUCCUAUACUCACUUCCCUGGGAGUGAAUCCCAUUGAACUCAACGAGACUUUCUUCUGAGUAGGCAAAAUUCCUCACGCACAAAAAACCCCCACAAAAAAGUCAACCCCUAAACACAAGAUGAAUUCAUUGAACAUGCCAAUAACUAUGGGAAUUGUCACUAUUUAAAAAUAUUUCUAGUUUUCUGUCAUGCCACGUUGAAACACUCUACCGAAUAACCUAGGCAAAACACAUCCACCCGAAACUCCGGAAUGUAAAGCCCAUUUAAAAAUAAUAUUGUAUGUGUAUUUAGUGCAAGUAGAUCUGAUGGUGAUGACUGUCGUAUCACUGUUACUUUCUUUCUCUGACAACUGUAUGGUUUAUUUUACUUAAAUUACCGCGAGCAAUUCUGAACCUUAGAAGUACUUCGCUGGCCCAGAUGUAAGCACCAGCGCCAUUAAAGGUUAGACAAGGGUGUGUGUAUAUAGCAAGGGCGUCGGAAGACUUCACUUUCUUUAAAGCGUAAGAUGGCUUUUCUAAGUCACAUGAUUCGAUGGUUUGCGCGUGCCCCUCACUACAAAGCAUCAUGGGAAAAUUAUUAGUGGCGUUAUCUUAACGAAUUAAUUUCCUUGUCUUCAAAAGAGUGAAAUUGCAAGUGUUUUCUACCUUAUCUGCCCAGCUUUCAACAUUACAUUCUAAUAUCGAGAACAUAAGCACUUGGAUUGCAUCUUUCCUGUAAUCCCUCUCUUUCUUCCCCUCUUUCAUCUGAUUUUCUGAUCUGUAUAAUUCGGCCUUUGGGAGUUUUUUGUUCCUUCUAUCCACUCUGAUCACAUAACCUCUAUUUUUCGCAGGCUUUGUUUUCACGAUUCUCCAAAAUCCUAGUAGUUUCCCUGGCGGCUAGCGUUUCUCGAAAACAGCUCCUCCACAAUCACAGGGCAGUAUGGUUUGCAUAUUGGACGCAAACAAUGCACUGUGAUCUCAGAGAGAAAGACACCAUGUUUUCCAAAGGGCGUCUCUUUCCAGGGAGCCUGUCCCCUUCUUUUCCUUCUCCACAUAACCCUCUGAAAUGGGCUUUUCAAUAAUAAUAUUUGUUAUGAAGGUUAUUGGGUAAUUAUUGCAGUUUUUGUGAAACAGUCCUUGCUCGAGGUGAAGUCUGUCUCUGGAUAAUAAAUGGCAGCCCUCGCAGUUCAUUGCCAGGUUAAGUAAAUGCAGAAACUAAGAUAAAUCUGCACACUCCAGAACUCGCCAGCAGAGCUCGCUUUAGACCAAGUUCACAGUCAACUUGCUCUCUCCGUGGCCAAGGCUUCUCGACUCCGUUGGAUCAGGGUCUUUAUUAAAUAAAUAAGAUGGCACAAUGGCCAGCCUGGAUAAAUUGCCCGGUCACUGCGCCCCACUUCGCAUCCAGAAUUUACACAUCUACCAAUCGAAAGCACAUCGUUCCUUUCAGUAUAAUCUAGUUAAUCUCCCACGCUGGUGUCUGGGCUUUGCGUUUGAUUUUAGAAUUCGGUUUCAGUGAUGGAAACCGUUGAGGCUGCUCUUUUUUUAAAAAAAAAAACCCAAACAAACAGCCAUGCAGAAACUGCAUUCCCUUAAAAUCUUAGCGAAAAGGGAAACAGUCAAGGCUUGAUGGCAACAAACGAGAGAGCUGGAGAUUCUUUUAAGGAGAUAGGAGCUGCUUCGCUUUUGUAUAUCUCUGUGGUUAGGGCGUAACAACUCUAGGUCAAAAAGUUGAGGGUCAAAAGUUUACGUUGUGCGCCACUCUUAGUCAUGCGCCCAGACAGAGUUUGAUGUCAAUGUUAUAGCCAAGAUCUUGACUAUCAACACAAAAGAUAAAAUAGCUUUGAGUUAGGCGUGUAUCAUAGUAUGGACUCCAGGUGAACUCUAGUGGUUGAAUGACCUCAAUUACCGAGGAAAGGAUAGAAAAUCCCUCUUUUCAAAGAGUAAUGCACGUUGUAUUUCAUCUUGAAUUAUCAACCACAUUUCCCCCAUUGAAUAUCGUUGGCUGGCAGAUGCAUCAGGUGAAUGCGGGCGCACAUUCCUCCCCCCCCCCCCACAACUGCGCAUACACGCACCACCACCAAUGCAUUUUAAAGGUUCGUGCGAGUCCUAUCAGAGUCCAUCGGAAAUUUCCAUUGGAUUUUAAUAGUUCUGAAUCUCAGCGAAGUGGACUCUUGUUCACAGAAGCGUACGCCAUAGUACAAUUGUCUUGCUUUUAAGUGCCACAAGACUCUGUUUUUGUGUGUGUGUUGUUCGGCUUUGCUACAACAGACUAACACAGCUAGCCCUCUCAAAAAGGCUCAAUGAGGUGCCAGUUGAGUUCUUAACUGCCCAGUGGGUACCAGAAGACUGCCCGCUGGGUGAUAGCAAUAUUUGAGGAAGCGAGUAGACUGAGAUGACCAUCUCACUGCCGGAUCUCGCAGGAGUAUAAAAUACAAGCAUGACAAUACUGGAGAAGUCCAGAUAUGCUGUCUUUCUGAGUGAAAGUUAAGGAAUGACCCUACGCAAAUUGAAUUGCCCCCCCCAUCCUUUAGGGGUAUACGUUUAAUAAGAAAUAUAUAGCUUCACCCUUUUGGCCGCCUUAUUUAGCCACAAUGAAGCUUUAUUUUUUCCUUCUUUUUUUUCAAAGCGUGUUUGUAUCUGAAUAACUAUUUAUUUCAAAUAGGGAAGUAGGGAUUAUUUAUUUAGCUAUGAGUAGGAUUGCUUCCUGAGAUGGAUUUUCCGUUUUCACUGUGUUGCCAGGUGUUUUGUGUAUUUUUUUUUAAUCAGAGAAGGUGCGUUUUUCAGUCCUAAGAAAUACAGAAUAUUUCCCAGAGAUCCAGUGAGUGGUUUAUUACUAAGCAAAUACAUAGGAGAGAUUGCUCCUUUCAGAGGUGUCGAAACAGAGAUAACGUGCAGGAGAAAGUAAGCAAGUUAUUAUUAGAAGGCUUUAUCAAUGCUUUGAAAAUACACAAAGAGCUAGGGAACACCUCCCCGUUCGACAAGAAAUAGUUUUAAUUAUAAGGCGAAGACAUUGGGCUUCCAGGAAACAUAUUUGCAAUGUAUUUUGGUUUUUCAUCAGCGACCUUCUCUUGAAAAUUAUCUUGCAACGUCCCCCGUCCCCCCGUGUCUCCUAUAUGUGCUUUUGCACUGAAAUUACCACUGUAAGGUUGAGGGGGAUGCUAUUCACAACACACUGUUAAAAACACGCCUCUGCUAUUUCGGUUUUGCCCUUGAAAUACUGCAUUGCCUAUUUGGAAAUUUAAUUAUAGGAAGCAUGAACACUGCAAGGCGGAAUGUUUGCCUAAACGUCCCUUUUAUAUACAGAGGACCAGGGAGACUGUUUCGAAGACAACACUUCUUUGACUCCGCCUGUCCUGAAAAACUUGACUAAAAAAAAAAUAGAGGGAGAAGAAAGAGAGAGAAUAAGAUCUCUGUGGAAAGCAGCAAAGCGAAACCUGGCUUUCUUUCCCAAGGACUCCUAGUGCCAAUUUAUUUUGCUUCCAUUUAAGGUGGAAUUUUGGGCGGGGGGUGGGAGUGGGGACAAGUUUUUUCAAAUACAGAAUAUUUCCAGAAGGGCUUCAAAGUGCAUCUGGAAGAAGUAUUGCCUUCUCAAGUUGGUUUCUAUUCAUUCAUUCAUUUUUUUAAAAGGUAAAAAUAAAAACGACACAGUGGGCUUUUGUUGCUUUGAUUGGAGUCAUACCCAUAUAGUCCUACCUCUAGCGCAGCACAGACACUGGUACUUGGUGCGUAACGCGACCUUUGAAAAGAUUAGCCUUCUCAGCCUCAAAUGUAGAUGCCAAUCGCCCCAUCUUCCCCUUCUUUAGAAUUGUGCUUAUUUACGGUCCUGGACGCCCAGGACCUCAAAGUCCAGUUGCCAAAUACACGCACACGUACACACACGAGUUAGAUCCUUAUAAAUAAAAUCACCAAUAUUUCGGAAUGGGGGGGAAGGAGAACAUCCCAACCUCUUGUCCCAAGAAUGAACUCCAUAGGAACUCCAUCACACCAUCCAGUUCCCUGGAAGGACCUUUUGCUGAUUCAAAGGAAGUUUAGGAUAAACGCAGCCGCUGCGUUAUCACAACGUUUACAUGUUUUCUCGCACGGCCGCCUUAAGAUUCCUUCCCCAUUUGCGAAUAAGUGACCUGCCCAGAGCCUCUCUCUGCCCCUUGCUAUUUUUUUUUAAAGACGCUCUUAAAGACCUCGGAAGGGGAAGAAAAAAAACCCCUAAGUCCAAGGCCGAGGUGAACUUCAGGUCAGCGCGUCUAACAAAUAUGAAAAUGUCGCUUUGUGAAGGGCACGCCUUGUUAUUUAACAAAGACUGUCAAUGUGUAAGAUUAAUAAGAAACAAAAUGCGCCCGGUGUCACUUUUCGGUCACUUUGAAACUUGGGGCAGGCUUGCAUUCAAGAGUGAAAGCUGGGUUAAAUAUAUUCAAAAUGCCUCGAAUCAAAUUCAAGCCAGGCUGCCGGGUGUCGCUCUCCACCGCCACCCCGCCUUCCCCCCCCCCCCCGCCCGCGUCUCUACUGCUUGCUCGCUCCCUCUCUCCCUCCCAGGCGCGUGGGCAAGCUGGAAAGUUUAAUUGCAUAGAUUAUCUAUAAAAGCGCAACCUAAGAUUGCGAUGCGCGCGCACACACAUCUAUAUUUACACUCUGAACUUGCUAGUCGGGGUUGGCACUCUCCGCUUAUCCAUUUACUUGGUUUGCUCCAGUUCUGAGACGGGCUCCUGUUUCUUGGGAACCUCGGAUUUUAUCUUGCCAUCAACUUUCAUUUCGGUCAAUCUUCCACGUUCUUCACUGGUUAGCUGCUAAACUUCAGCCUCCCUUGAUCUGCGAUGAUGAUGAGGUCUUGGUGCUGAAAUCCCCCUCACUGAAAUGUGUGUGGUUUAAAAAAAAAAAAAGAUAGGCGAUGCUCUGAAGCAGUUUCAGGAGGCCAGGGUUCAGGGUUCGGUGUAGGUUCGUUCCGGGAUUAGAUCCGCGGAGCCAUAAAUCUCUGGAGGGAGCGGGAGGGGAGGCUGAACGUGGAAACCGCCGCAUAUGAGAUAACAACUUGGUGGUCUUGGCUGGGCUCUUGUUUAUGAUAUGUAAACCGCAAAGACAAGGAACAGGCCCAUCUCUGCAGCCUGAUAGAAUCCCAUGGAGGUGGGGGUGGGGGGGAGAGAAACCCUGGCUGCUCCCGCAGCUGAGCAGCUUAGGUCACCUUGGAGAUUUACAGCCCCAGCUCUAGAAUCGUAUUCAUUGCUUGUUGCAACUGAGCAAAGGAGACACCCAGUGGAAAGCUGACCAGGGGGAAACAGACCAGGCUCUGAGAUACAAUCAGGAGAGCUAAUAUUAAACAGCCCCUGGGACGUUCUCCGAAGGUAAUAAUCAGCAGACAAAAAAAAGAGAAAAGGUACCUGCUUUCCUUGUAUUGUUGUGGUUUCUUUUCUUGUUUUGUUUUGGGGGAAAAACCUGCGGUUUUGACGCAUGGUGGUUUUCUGGUAUUUACUAUCGCCCUCAGAUGCAAGGGCACCGCUUGAUCUCAAGGGAAAUUGAUAGUGUUUAUGUCAGAGGUGCAUCUUGCAGUGUUUCUGUGCCAGAAUCGCACCGUCCAUUUCAGCGUGUGCGAGAAAAGGGGGAGGGAAAAGCGAGACAAAACCCUGCGCCUUUGCUUUAGCCGUUUAACACCAACCAUGGGCUUAAUUGUUGCUGUUUGUAAGUAGCAAAAGACCUCCCCAAAGGGGCAGCUUUGCAUCCCGGUCUACUAUUCCCUGAAACCAUAAAACGGGACUGGAGCCGGUUGUCAUUCCUGCAAAUGUCACAGGCGCGCAAUCAGCGUUAAAAAGCCAAGUGUUGGAUCCUGGUAUUUGACUUCCGCAUUGUAUGCGAGUGUUUUACGGCCUGCCACUUGCCAGUGGCAUCAUAUUUGCUUCCACAGUGUAUGGUGCAUUCGAGAAAGCUUUGCAAACAUAGAAUAUCCACUGAAGAUGUGCAAGGUGGGGGGUGAGGAGGGCUCUUGCCAUUUCCAGGACGGAGGUAUUUCCGAUAGUAUCUGGAAACCAGCACUUUUAUUAUUAUUAUUAAUAGUAUUAUUACUAUUAUUGUUGUUGUUAUCGUGGAACAAGGUCUCAGCAGUUUAAGGGAGACGCACAGAGUAGAGGAAGAGAAAUUCAACGAGAGCAUAAAAACGGGACCUAUUGAGCGCACUGACACACAUUUAUACACAAAGAAUUGUAGCUGGUUAAUCUAGAUGCAAUCGUCAUCCACAUGAACGCUAUGAGCGGUUGAUACAACCGAAAAAGUCAUCAGUCCACACUUCGACUGAAAUAAUCACGAUGAGAAUGAACACUCCUAUUAUAUGGAUAUUUUUCUUAAAACUAAACUGGUUCUUUGGGAAGAGGGCAGAGCAGCAUUUUAGCAAGUUCCAAAUUCUUAUUAUGUCUUACUAAUAUUAAUAUUAUAUUAAAUGGGUGUGUCCCUAAAGGCUCAAAUAUUAAAAACGAAGGUGGGUCACUAGACCUACCAAGCGGUUGAAUUAAUAUAAACUAUUAUAAAGGCUAGUUUAAUGUCCAGAUUUCAAUUACACGCCCCCCCCAGGUCAGGCCAUCGCCUCCUUUUCCUUCCUGUCAUGCAAACGGAUCAAUUUCCAGCAAUCAUAACGCAAGUCGAAGAGACUAUUCACGACGCUCAACUGCAAUGUUUACGGUACUUGUGAAAGAUAACAGUGUGUUCUGUUUUAAAUAACCAAUUCCUCUCCCUUUCUCGCUUUCUUAAAGGGAAAUACUGUUUCCUGGGCACUAGAUAGCUUUAUUUAUUUAUUUAGGCAUGUGAAUGGGCUUAAUUCUUGAUCUUAACUGCCUCUCUAGUCUGCUGGAGGUUUUGAUUAAAAUAUAUUCACCUUUUUUUAAAAAAGUCUUUUUAUAUUGGCCUUUCUAUUUAAUGAUAUGCCCCCGCAGCUCCAAAUUUGCCACGGGGUGGAAGAUUUUAAAAAUAAUUAAAUUAUCGUAAAAGAGCAACAUUUAAAAGCCCCCGGGAGGUAUCAGAGAGAAACAAAUAGCUAGUUGCAAUUAGGUGGUCUCUGUUUUCAUAGGAUCGACUGGUCUCAUUGAUUGCACUGCUACCGUCCAAUCACUCAUUGAUGCCCCCGAAACCACGCGAUCUCGGGUGCCCUUUUAUGUCUCGGGAGGACACUGCGUUUCCUUUGCUUUCAAUGACUUGGUAAGGGCUGGAGAUACAGAGAGCGAAACCGUACGCUGCGUUUGAUGUUCGGUUUCAGAUACAUAUACAAUGCUGGUGCUCAGUCACUUUGCUCACACUGUUGCUACCCACGGCCUGAUGCUUGUGGUCAGAAUAGCACACAUGCGCAAACUCCCAGCUUGUGUUCAGGAGGAUAUAUUAUUCCGGAAUAAGGACUACCCUUGGUUCCCUCAUCAUGAUAGCGCACAAGGACGUCUCCUGCGACAUACACUUUUGGGCUGCCCCAGAUCACUGUCUAAACCACCUUGACUCUAAGUAGCACAUAGCUGUUUAAAGGGGUAACGACCGUGCGUGGUUAGUCUUAGGUGACCUAGCAUGUCAAGCAAGGAUCCCUCGCUGCUUUCACUGGGGAAACUCGCUCAAAGCAGCAGCCCCCUCGCCCACAGCUGCAUGGCCCGGAGGCUUUCCUCUGGGCCUAAUUCUCUAGUUAGGCCGCUUGCGCCGACUUCGGUUCUGACUGCAGCUGUCUGGAGCGCGCAGAAAGGAAUCUCCAGCUUCUCCUUGCCUCUGCUGCGAGAAAGGCAAGACAGGCAGACAGGGACCGUCCUGGGCUUGUCCACCAGCGUUUCAUUUCCUGAUCCGGGCUCUGCCAACCGCGUAGCAAUUGGCCCUGCCGGUCAGGUGGUGGGGGUGGCACUGGUUUGUGUGUGUGUGUGUGUGUUUGCGCGCGCGUGUGUUCCAGGCUCUUGGGGUGGGAAUUGGAAAGGAAGGGGGGAGCGGAGGCCCAAACUUUGGCAGCAGGCGCUUGACAACAGCAGCAAGGGGGGGUUGGAGGAGGAGGAGGAGGGAGUGAGGGAGGGAAGGAAGGAAAGAGGGAGGGAGGGAAGGAAGGAAGAAGGGGGAGGAGGGGAGGGGCCUCCUCGAGCCCAGAAAAACGACAACGCGAGAAAAAUUAGUAUUUUUGCACUUCACAAAUUAAUGACCAUGAGUUCGUUUUUGAUAAACUCCAACUACAUCGAGCCCAAAUUCCCUCCUUGCGAGGAAUAUUCGCAGCUCGGCGGCGGCGGCGGCGGCGGCGGCGGCGGGAGCAGCUACCACCACCACCACCAGAACCAGCCCCACCACCAGCAACCCCAUCACCACCAUCCUCAGCCGCCGCAGCACCUGCGCCAGCAGCACCACCAGGCUCACCCCGGCCAGCCUCUCCCCGAUUACUACCAGCGGCCGAGCAGGGAGCCCGGAUACCAGCCGCCAGCGCCGCCGCCGCCUCCUCCGCCUCCUCCUCCCGAGGCGCUGUACCCCGCGCAGCCACCCCACCACUACCCGGAGUCGCCUUAUAGCUACAGCAGCCUCAGCGCCACUCCGGGCCAGGAGCAGCCGCCUCCCGGAGCCUCGCCGCCACCGCCUCCUCCGCCGCCCCUGCCUCCUCCGCCGCCACCCCCGCCACCGCCUGCUCCACAGACUCCCGCGCGGAAGGGCCACCAUGCCCCGAGCCAGCCCUUGCUCCAAGGCCACGGCCCGCCACCGCCUCAGCCCCACCAGCGCCAUUGCGAAGCAGCAGCGGCGGCGACAGCGCCCGGGGGAAUCCCUGCCUGCCCGCUCUUGCCGGACAAGAGCUUGCCCGGCCUGAAAGGCAAGGAGCCGGUGGUGUACCCUUGGAUGAAGAAGGUCCAUGUUAACACGGGUGAGUUGACCACCUUCUUCCAAGGGGAGCCGGGAUGGCUUGUAUGUGUUUGUGUGCGUGGCGAGGUGGAGGAGGCUGGGCUAGGCUGGACUCCGAGGUUGGGGGCAUAUACGUGUGUAUGUGUGUGUGCUGGCGCAUUUCCUAAUUUUAAAAAAGCGCGCACGCACACGUGAGAAGCCUUUUGUACUCGGGGCCCUUUAUCAAGAGAUUUACGAGACGCCAAACUGUUAGGGCAGUAAUUAUAGUCCCCAUAAAUUUAAUCGCCCUGCCUGUGGCUCUGGGCCACGUCUCUUUGAAGCUUUUCUUGAACCCAAAUGCCCGUCACCAUUUUUUAUGGCUCCCCAAUUGUCUCCUAUUGUCACGAGCCUGUGAACCAUUUUCUUCCCCGCUUCUGUGGCUAAUCUAAACCCAGUGUCGAGUUAUUAUAUAAUAAUGAUAAUGUUCCGUUGCCUUCUUCUCCUUUGUGUCCGUGCGUGUGUGUGUGUGUGCGUGUGUGUGCGCGCCUGUGUACGCUCAGUCAACCCCAAUUACACUGGAGGCGAGCCCAAAAGGUCUCGAACUGCCUACACCAGACAGCAAGUCCUGGAGCUGGAGAAGGAGUUCCAUUUUAACCGCUACCUGACCAGGAGGCGACGCAUCGAGAUCGCGCACACGCUCUGCCUCUCCGAGCGCCAGGUCAAGAUUUGGUUUCAGAACAGGAGGAUGAAGUGGAAGAAGGACCACAAGCUGCCCAACACCAAGAUGCGCUCCUCCAACCCCUCCAGUCUUAGCCAGCAAGCCAAAGCGUCAGCACAGCACCAUCAGACACCACCGCCCAGGGGUAGGGCGACCCCAAACUCAGCAGCGCUCUGA